GAGCGCGAUCCUCCAGCACCGCCAACACCUGUCUCUUUUCCGGAUCGGAGAGCGGCUCCUGUUCGCACAUGGGACGGAUCCUCGCCGCCACCGAGGCUGCAGCCUCUUUUCGCGCGAAUCGUGAAGCCUGCCGACAUUUCCGCGAGCCACAUUGAGGCUCUGAACAUCGAACUGAUAGAACCAUGCCCUCCGGAAGAACUGCUUCCCUUGGCCUCAGAUGGCAGCUCGUACUUUCCGCCUCUUACUCCAAACCAGGCAACAAAUGCCGCCUCCUACGCGGACGUCACCAGGCUUGAUGCCAAUGUCGCCCGCAAAUGCAAGGAGUUUGAUGAGAAGUUGGCAGAACUCCGACUGGAAAAUGACUUGGGCUUCCGUGUCAUCAACAGAACCACUCAACCCGGCGUCAAGCCUCCCAGGCUAGCCUACCUACGAAAGUUCUGGGAAGGCCUUGAGUCCGUUGCACAGUACUGGGACACGAGCCUUGACCACUACUACGACGGUCUGCCGCCCAAUCCCGACAUUGAUGGCGAGAAAGAUGCCAAGCGACAGCGACUUGAUUCCCACUUCAGCCAACCUUCGAUCUUGACUUUGCAGACAGCAUCCGCGAAGCCCAAUACAGCCCAUGCAAAUUCUAAACAGACCGAUGGCAAUGGGCAGCCCGAAGCUAACCAUGCUCACGACAGUGCACCACCAAACAAUACCGCCACCCAGUUGAACGGCGUGGACAAGGACAGUGAACGAGCAUCCAGAUCAAACAGCGCCACGCCAGAGCCUCGCUUAUGUCCUCGUUAUAAAGGUCGUCGAAUGGGUUCCGGCCGUGAGAUGCCAGACCAGUUUCGAGCGGAGGCAGUGAAAGCCUUCGUUGAGGGUGUUGUUUGGUCUUUCCAGGCUUCGGUAGCUGCACCGCGUCAAGUGCCCAUUGUGCAGAUCAACAAGCUUAAUCUUCCUCGGGCCAAACAACGCCAAGGAUGGCUCGAAGGUCCCAUUCUUUGCGUCCAAGUCCGGUCAGAAACGGAGUUCGAUGACUCUGCCUUGAGCGUGCAACAACGAGAGACUAAGUCGAGGCUCGACACGAUGCGUGAGAUUGGAGGACUACUCCAACUUGCCCAAGAAAGACAGCGGCAAGGUAAGGUAGAGCACCGGCCUGGCGAAGGCAAAUGGUACACGAUGAAGCCGCGGUGGGGAGGCGGUCUUGGCGGUGAAGUCGAGAACCCAGAACCACCAAAUGAAGUCAAAGACGUGUUGGUCAUGGCUGAAGAAAUAGUCAGUGCAUCCCGUGACAGCACGAAGCGGCCAAAGCGGAAAACACCGGCUAUGCUAUGGAAAGAACUCAGGCCUGGAAGCAAGCUAUGGGAUUCAAAAACUGAAUACCAGGCUAUUGGAAAGGAGCCAAGCAGCGACUACGACGAGGUGUUUAUGGUGUCUUCUUUGAACCAUCAUAUCUCAAUUCUGAAGCUCACAGUUCACUGGGCAUACCUGGAAUACACGAAGACCGAGGAAAUGCCUCAGCCUGUGCCCGAGGAUGAGAAUUGGUGCAGACCGAGGCUGCAACGGACGCAGUGGUACGACUUGCUUGACAUUCAACAACGUGUCGAAGCUUUUAGAGCACUGUGGGGUAUUAUGUCGUACCUCAUGAGA